AUGGUCAAGGAGCAAGCGCCGCCUAAGGCGCCUUUGCGUCCCUUAGGCUCGAACGAAACAAACGGCAAUUCCCAAAUACAGCCCAGUCAACCAGAAGAAAAACCACAAAGACCAUCAAGCUCAACCGCGGGUAGUUUUACCUCUGUGAACCCCGCCUCCACUACAGCCCCAGCCCCGAUACCUGCUAUUAAAUCUCGAGUAUUCUCUGGAAACAUGGAUGAUAAAUACGCGAACCUUUUCAUCCAACCCAAGAACCGUCCCGAACACCACCGACCUCAACGCAUCGCAGGCCCGUUACAGCCUUCUUUUAAGGACAAGAAACCUCCACCGCCUGCCAUGUUUAACGCCAUUCCUGGUCCGGAAGGAUCGGCUAGUAACCCGAUCUCCGUCCCAGAUGGCCGUCCCGUCUCGAUCUAUAGCCAGCCUGGUGUCUUCUCCACACACGUCGAUCCCAAGAAAGCUGCUGCCGAUAUCAAAGCCUUGCUCGAAGGCUCUAUAGAAGAUGAAGAGGACAAGGCAGUAAAGGAAGAGGAAGGCGAAGACAAAUCACAUGUAGAAGGACUCGCUGUUCGACUUCUACCACAUCAAGUCGAGGGUGUGGAAUGGAUGAGAGGUCGUGAACUUGGUCCUGUCAAGAAGGGGAAGGUGCCCAAGGGUGGUCUUCUCGCUGACGACAUGGGUCUAGGAAAGACUCUUCAAUCUAUUGCACUUAUUUUGACCAACCAGAAGCCUAAAGAUAAACACGAAGGUGUAGAAAAGACUACAUUGGUUGUUGCACCUUUGGCCCUCAUCCGCCAAUGGGAAGCCGAAUUGAAGGAGAAAGUCACUGAAUCACACAAAAUGAAGGUACUCGUACACCAUGGACCGCAACGUACUAAACGAUUUGAGGAUCUUCGCCGAUACGAUGUAGUCAUUACCACCUACCAGAUCCUUGUGUCCGAAUUCGGCCACACCACGGCGUCUGUAAAAGCUGGUUGUUUUGGCCUACACUGGUAUCGCGUUAUCCUAGAUGAGGCCCAUACAAUCAAGAACAGAAAUGCCAAGGCCACAAAAGCAUGCUGCGAACUUCGAAGUGUGUAUCGUUGGUGUCUCUCCGGUACACCAAUGCAGAACAAUUUGGAUGAACUACAAAGUUUAGUCAAGUUCCUCAGAAUCAGACCGUACGAUGAUCUUCGGGAGUGGAAGGAUCACUUCGACUUGCCUAUGAAGAACGGUAAGGGCGAAGUUGCUAUACGUCGUCUUCAUGGUCUGCUACAGUGUUUCAUGAAGCGACGAACCAAGGAUAUCCUUAAGGAAGCCGGAGCUCUCAACGCCGGUGGCAAGGAAACCAAAGAUGGCGAAAAGAGCGGGGCCCAAAGCUUCAAGGUCACUGAACGAAAGGUUGUGACCGUUGCGGCUGAGUUCACGCCAGCGGAGAGACGGUUCUACGACAGAUUGGAGAAGCGAACGGAUAAGAGUAUCGAGGAAAUGAUGAAGAGCAAGCUCAACUAUGCUAGCGCUUUGGUACUUCUAUUGCGUUUGAGACAAGCUUGCGACCACCCGAAACUAGUCGAAGGCAAGCUUGAGAAAGACAAGGAUGCUCUAUCCGAAGAAACCAAACCAAAGAAGAACGAUGCCGAUGUCGACGCUCUUGCGGAUCUCCUCGGUGGACUAGACGUAGAGGCUAAGCAUUGCGAUAUUUGCGGCUGGGAGUUAGACCGCGAAAGUCGACAGCCUGGUUCAGAUAAAUGCAAGGCUUGCUACGAAGAUCUAGAGUACUUCAAGCACCACGAGGAAGGAGGAGACCUAAAAGCUCCGAAGAUGAGAACGAAAAAGAAGAAGAGCAAGGUCAAGCAAGUUGUCCGCGAAAAAGUAAAGACCGAAGUCGCUAAACAGCGAAAGCCUAGAAACCGUCGCGCAAUCCUCGAUAGUGAUGACGAGGAGGAGGAAGGCGAUUGGAUUGUCUCCAGCGAUGAGCAAGGAUCAUUACGGUUGGGUAAAGCCGGUGGCACGGACGACGAAAACGCCGAGGGUGAAGGUGACACGAUCAACACGGAAGAUUCCGAAGACGAGGAGACACAAGACGGCAGUCAAUUGAACAGUUUUAUUGUUAAUGACGGCAAUGAUACUAAGCCUGAAGAUCUUCAACGGGCCUUGGAUGAAUCGGAUUCCGAGGAUGAUGAUAUUGAGUCAAUUUCAGCGAUUCAGUCUAAACUAAGCAAAACCAAACUUGAAGAUAGCGAGGAAGACGAUGACGAUGAUGAGGGUGAUGAAAAUGAUGAUGGCAAAAGUAGUAAGGACGAUGAGGAGGAUGGGGAAGAUGAGGAUGCAGAUUCGGAAUCGCAAUCCGAGUCUGAAGACGACGAUACUGGUAUUUCCGAAUCCGAACUUAUCUCAGAUUCCGAAGAGGAAGUCGCAUACUCCCGAUCCCGCCGCGAGAAGGAAAAGACACCCCACGUCCUCGCGUCCGCCAAGAUCCGACAACUGAUCUCACUCCUACACAAGGAAGUCCACGACCACAAAUUCAUCGUGUUCUCUCAAUUCACUAGUAUGCUCGACCUAGUUGAACCCUUCUUCCGCAAGGAAGGCAUUAAAUACACGCGCUACGAUGGAAGCAUGAAAAAUGACGCGCGUGAAGCCGCUCUCGAUGGCUUACGAAAAGAUUCGCGCGUGCGCGUCCUUCUCUGCUCCCUGCGAUGCGGUGCGCUCGGUCUAAAUCUCACGGCUGCCAGCCGCGUUAUCAUCCUCGAACCUUUCUGGAACCCAUUCGUCGAGGAACAAGCCAUCGACCGUGUUCACCGACUCACACAAACCGUAGACGUGAUCGUGUAUAAACUUACAGUAGCAAACAGCGUCGAGGAGCGAAUCCUAGAACUUCAACAAAAGAAACGACUGCUUGCGCAGGCGGCUAUUGAAGGUGGUGCUAGGAAGGAAGCGCUUAAGCUCGGUCUCAAGGAGAUGAUGGAUUUGUUUGGACACGUGGGACGUGGAGGCCGAGGCGGUGGUGCAGGAGACGAGAGUUUUAACGAGGAUGUGGCGCGCAAUGAUGUUAAUGCUACCCUGGCUGGUAUGCGCAGCAAGAAUUCUCAUGGGAGUCGGGGGAGUGGGAAUGAGAGUUCGAUUUAUGGACGUCGUUGGUAA